AUGUCCACUCUGGAGGACGAGACAGAUGCGAAGCGCAUCAUCGCGUCCUCGCUGCUACUGAGGCUAACGGAUGACCACAUCGCAGACAUCCUCCAUCGCCUACCAACCCUCGCCGACAUCGGGCGCGCUGCCACCGUUUGCUCCACCUUCCGUCGUGCCAUUGCCGACCAUUCCUUUCGCCGCCGCCGCCGCCGCCUCCGCUCAACCCACCCGACGCCCUACCUAGGCUUCUUAUAUGGUAGAUUCUAUGCUUCUACUGAGCCCCACCAGUUUGCGCCCCAUGCCCGUGCCCUCAUGCGCAUCGCCGACUUCUCAUUCUCAUUCAUCCCAUCUGUGGGGCCCUGGUUGCUCCGUGACAUCCGCGAUGAACGUGUCCUCCUCGGGAACUCCAUGGCAGCAAGAGAGUUUGCUGUUGCAGACCCCAUGUCUCGAUGA